AUGUCGGGUUCUACUUCGCACAACGACCGUGGUGGGAUCGUGAGAUCGCCGUCAGAGAUCGCUGCAGAAGAAGAGCUACCGCCGUCACUGCCGAGCGAUUCCGAACAUUCUGCCAUUCACGAUCAGCUCACCGCUCCAAUGGGCAGCUAUAAAAUGACCUACUCACAGCAGAUUGGCAACAGUGAUGACGACAGUUUUAGCGAAAGUGAUGUCGAUGACCGUCGAAAGAGCGAAACCAGUGAUGGCGGUGACGACGAGAAAAGCGUUCACUUAUCCAACUACGCGAGUGACGAGGCGGUGUCGUUUGUCGAGAGUUGUGAGUCUUUCGACCGCUAUACCGACAGCAGUGACGAAGAUGAGAGCAAGGGGGACAAUAUGAAGGGAGCCAGUGGUGUCUGCCGACGCCGUCAGUCCAACAGUGACAGUGACACCGCCGAUGACUCAAAUGAAGAGGAGACGAUAGAUAAGUCGCCCAGUAAAGCGAGCAGUCGUGAUGAUGCGAAUUUAGCAAAUUCUGGGAAUACUUCUUUGAAAAUGAAUAACCCUACUGAGGUAACCGAACAUAAAUCGAGUGAGAAGUUCGUGGGCAUAUGGGAUGAUGACGGCUCUAACAGGAAAGAAUCGUCAAAACCUGUAAGAAAACUCUGGAGCGAUUACGUUUAUAAACCGGAAGCGAAGACGGCUCGAGGGCAGUUGCGGGCUGGUGCCCGAUUCACAAACUCCUUUACCGAUAAACGCCAAACAGAACCCGUUGACCAUUCCUGGAAUAUGAACCAAUGCAAUCGUUUUCCACCCCAACUGGGGAUGGGUCUUGGCCGUGGGUUGAUGCAUCCAAAUAAUAACAUGCAGUAUGAUCCGAACAGCAUGAGGCAACCCGGGUCAUCUAGAAGCUACCAACAACAGCGUCGUCCUAACAAUCCAUACUGCCAUUAUCAGCAACAGCAAAGGUACUUCGGGAUGCCACGAGGGUCCUACGCUAGUGUUGUCCAAAAGGGUGCAGCGAAUCAAGGGCGUACAGAUUCAAGGAAUACAAGCAACACGAAUUUGCCCAGUCGCAACAUCCCGGGAAAUGAAAACAGGUUCCCGCGAGAUCAACAGAGUUACAACAGACAGAAUCAAAACUAUCAACAGGGUCCAAACCGACAAAAUCAAAACUACCAGCAGCAGCGACCAUCGGGUCAAGGGCCACAGAGGCAGCAACCGCAGAGUUACAAUCGUGGCACGGUGACGGCAACGCAGAUUCUCCAACAACAACGGAUGCAGCAAUCUCAGAAGCAACAACCCAAUGGACCACAGAGAGGACAUCCUCAUGGACAACAGAUCCAGGGACAGCCUGGAGGCAAACAGGACAAUCGCCCAUCGUGGCAACCACCAAAGGGACCCCACGUCCGACACAUCAUGAUAGGUAGCCAACAGGUGUACCUUAUCCAGCCAUCUUACAAUAGGCGUCCGAUAGCUGAAGAAGAUCCAGCGAUUGUACGAGCCGAUCCUCCUGUACCACCUCCAUAUGUCAUGCUACCUGGAGGCAUACCACUUGCGCUUCCCAUGCCCAUACGGGGAAAUUUUGGUGCGAACACCGGCAUGCCUGGGGGACAGAUAAAAACCGGUGGCAGCGGUGGGAUGCGGAGCUAUUAUGGUGUAAAUCAACAACCAACAGCCGUGAACUAA